CCAUCUCUUGCCAAGGUGCUUUGCGAUAAUACAAGCACCCUCUCUCCUUUCACCAUGUCAUCCUCCGCCAUCCUCCGCCGUACCUUGGCCACAUCCAGCAAAAUGUCGCCCUCAGCACCAUCUCAAAGAUUACAGCAGGUACAGAGACAUUUCUCAAGCUCCACUCGUCGACCGAAAGAAAUCCAGGAUGCAUAUAUCGUUUCUGCCGUACGGACGCCCUGUGCGGUCUUCAAUGGCUCCUUUUCUUCUGUAUCAGCACCAGAACUCGGCGCCACGGCUAUCCGUGAAGCAAUAAAACGGAGCGAAGUGCCAAAGGACAAAUUCACACAUGUGUACAUGGGAAACGUGAUGCAAGCUUCUGUGGGUCAAGCACCAGCUCGUCAAGCCACAAUCUUUGCCGGAUUAGAUGCCUCAGUUGAAGCGACGACGAUAAACAAAGUAUGCGCGAGCGGAAUGAAAGCUGUAGCAAUCGCGGCACAACAGGUAGAGCUGGGACAAGAGCAGGCGCUGGUAGCAGGUGGAAUGGAGAACAUGAGUCGGGUGCCAUAUUAUACUCCUCGCGGACCGCAACUACCUGCUUUCGGAAACAUCACGGCUGAAGACGGACUCAUCAAGGAUGGACUUUGGGAUGUGUACAACAAGAUACACAUGGGCAACUGCGCCGAAAGCACGGCGAAGAAGUACGACAUCAGUAGAGAGGAGCAGGAUGCAUAUGCGAUUCAGAGCUUCAAAAGAGCACAAGAUGCUUGGAAGAAUGGAUUAUUCAAGGAGGAGAUUGUGCCUGUCACAAUCAAAGGCAAGAAAGGCGAGACUGUGGUCGCUGAAGACGAGGGCUACGGCAGACUGAAGCUCGACAAAGUGUCUACUUUGAAGCCGGCCUUCGAUCGUUCUGGAAAAGGCACUGUCACAGCAGCAAACAGCUCGAGUAUGAACGAUGGUGCUUCAGCACUAGUGAUCACAAACAAGGAGUUGGCGAAACAAUACGGAAAGGGCAAGAGAGUACUGGCAAAGAUUGUAGCAUAUGCGGACGCUGCCGUCGAUCCGAUUGAUUUCCCGGUUGCACCGGCCAAGGUCGUACCGCUUGUGCUUGAGAGAGCGGGUAUUUCGGCGGAUCAGGUCAAGGUUUGGGAGUUUAACGAGGCGUUUGCCGCUGUGAUCAAGGCCAAUGCGAAGAUUCUCGGACUCGAAAAGGCGGCGGUCAACCCGCGAGGCGGUGCGAUAUCCCUUGGGCACGCACUGGGAAGCUCGGGAAGCCGAAUAUUGGUUACGUUGCUCCAUCAACUGGAGAAGGGCGAAUAUGGGUGUGCUGCGAUUUGCAAUGGUGGUGGUGCGGCGAGUGGAAUGGUCGUUCAGAUGGUUGAUGCUGAUGAGCUAUGAGAAGAACACUGUAUCAGUAAAAGCAUGUAGAUAUGGAUAAUGAAGGAGGAGCACGUGAAAGCACGGUCGUGACCUGAAACUGGGCCGCAUGAAAGCAGGGUCCUUGUUGUAGGUACUGUAGUGGAUGGAGUUCGUACGGAAAGUGGUCUUCUCUGGUGACAG